AUGUUUAAACUGAGAGGAAUUAUUGUCGAGGGGAUGUCUCGACCAGCAUUGGUAUGUCGAUGGUUUCAGGUAGACUAUGCUAUCAUCUUCACGGCUUUUUUCAAGGAAAUAAUUCAGGGAAGUGUAAUCAGUGACAAUCGAGAAUUAGUGAAACAAGCUCAAAGAUUGCAAAACGAUUCGACCUGA